AUGACUCAAGGCACAGGGUUUUCCCUGCGUGUUAGAGAGCGUUGUGACUAUCCUGGAACCUCAGAGGAGCCUCAACGACACCAAGAUCCUGAAAAAGUAGGAAGGACCCUCUCCAGAUCAGAUGAUGCAGAUGAGUCUGGUGAGAAGCCUUACAGCUGUGAUGAGUGUGGGAGGAGAUUCACUCAUUUCGGACACCUGACUACACACCAGAGAAUACACACAGGAGAGAAACCCUACAGCUGUGGUCAAUGUGGAAGAAGGUUCACGCAAUUAGCGCACCUGACUACACACCAGAGAAUACACACAGGAGAGAAACCUUAUAGCUGUGCUCAAUGUGGGAGGAGAUUCACUCAUUUGAUGACUUUGACUGAACACCAGAGAAUACACACUGGAGAAAAACCUUAUAGCUGUGAUGUUUGUGGGAGUAGUUUUACUACAUCAAACCAGCUUGUAGUACACCAGAGAACACACACAGGAGAAAAACCAUUCCACUGCUCUGAUUGUGUAAAACACUUUACAACCUCAUGUGGACUAAUAACACACCAGAGAACACAUGCUGGUGAGAAACCUUAUAGCUGUGACCAGUGUGGGAGAAGAUUUACUCAAUCUGGGACCCUAACAAGACACCGGAGAAUACACACAGGAGAGAAGCCUUAUAUCUGUGAUCAAUGUGGGAUUCGUUUUACUGCAUCAUACCAGCUGGUAUUACACCAAAAAACACACAAAAGAGAAACCUCAUCUGCGAUCAAUGUGGGAGAAGAUUCACAAAUUUGAGGAACUUCACAUUACACAAAUACAUACAAAGGGAAACCUUAUAGCUGUGACUAAAUUGGGAACUGAUACUCUGAUAAGUAGAAAUCUGAUGAGAAGCCAUACAGGAGAGAAAUCUUAUGUUUGUCUUCAGUGCAGAGUGAGUUUCUCUAGAUCACAAUAAUUGAAAUCACACCUGACAGUUCAAAGGCAGUAAAUAUUGAGAAUGAGUUUUGCUUAAGAAACUGACCUUCUUGGGCUUGGCCAGAGACAUGUGAUUAUGGUUUCAAAAUUACCUUAGUGACAGAAGUUGGGCUGUUGUAACAGAUGGGGUAAAAUCAAAAUGUCUUCUACAUGCGUAUUUCCCUUUGCACACUGAUGACACUGACCUGUACACUGCUGCUUUCUCUGUUGAACAAAUGUUUCCACACCUGCAGUCUGAUUUUUGAACUAGAAAACCUGCUUGUGGAUCUUGGGUUUGUGCACGAUGCUGUCUGAUGAAUGCACCCACUGAGUAGUCAAAAUGACGUGUCUUGCUGCAUAAUG